AUGCAUCUUUGGUUACAAGUUGAAAUUGUUAAGAAAUUCUCCAUUGGUAAUAAAUUACGCCUGAGAAUAUUCUGGAGUAAUUCAGGCAAGAGACCUUUCCAACCAAUCUUUCCGCAUGUCUUAGGGCGAAAACAAAAAUUAUUUGUGGAUUUUCUGACAACGUUUUAUAGUUCAUAUAAGGAAAUUAGCAAUACGAAAAAUAAUGAGAAUAACUGUAAGACCGACUAUUUUGCUAUUACUAAUUAUUUCAGCUGCCCUGGUUAA